AUGCACAGCAUUGGGACCACACUUCGCGUCCUGGAGCAGGGAACACCGUGGUCAAACCGUGCUGAACUCUAUGUUGGAUUGAUAAAGGCGGCAGUCUGUCGUGAUAUGCGGACCUCCAACUGCCCCUUGGUUUUCUGGGACUAUUGUCUUGAACGUCACGUAACCAUCAACAACCUGACUGCAAAGAAUCUCUUUCAAUUGCAUGGAAAGGUUCCGGAGGAAACUAUCACUGGCCAGGCUGGUGAUAUCUCCAAUGUUGCUCAGUUUGAUUAUUAUGAAUGGUGCUAUGCGAUGGAAAAUGAGGCUGGCUUCCCCUCAAAUAAGGAAGUACUUGGACUUUGCCUAGGGCCUGCGACAGGCGAGAGUAACAAAAUGUGUCAAUGGGUUUUGAAACCGAAUGGUAGAGCUGUCUCACGACAAACAGUUUGCCCUCUCACGUCUGGAGAGCUUCAUUCUGACAUGGAAAUCAAGAAGCACGAUGCUUUUAACAAAUUAAUUGAAGCCCGCUUUGGCAACACACUUGGUCGUCAACGAAAGAAUGUACCUCUUCCAGAGGAGGAGGAGGAAGAUGAGUGGGCUACCUACCAAGAUGACGAUGAAUUUUCAAAACCAAUACCUGACAAUGAAGACUAUGUUGACAUUCAUGGACGUCUCAUCAAUCAGCAGCCGGUGUAUGAUCUGCUCCUAAAUGCUGAGAUCAAGAUUCACACGGAUGGUGAACAAAUUUCCAUUGGAAAAGUCAAACAACGAGUCACAACUCCUGAAGGAAAACAGAUGGGAACCUACCAUCCCAAUCCAGCGCUGAAUACCAUCAUGUAUGAGGUUGAAUUUGACGAUGGAACGGUCAGGGAUUAUGGAGCAACUACCAUUGCCGAAAACCUUCUCACGCAGGUGGAUGACAAUGGAUACUUGAACACGAUGUUCAAGGCCAUUGUUGACUACAAGAAAGAUCCAAAGGUGGCUGUCUCAGAGGAAAAGUCUUAUGUCAUUAGCAAGAAUGGACAGAGAUGA